UGCGUCUCGAGCAUGGAGUGGUCUCGCGUCACUUUUCAAAUUAAGAUUGAACCGGGAACGCAGCAUUAAGGAAGAGGAGCGGACACCACAACUCUGUGAAAAUGAGUGAGCUGGAGGAUAUCAGCCACCACAUUCAUGACAGGAUAUCAUCCUUACAACGCAUGCUGGAUCUGUCAGUAGUUGAAUUGCCUGAAAAUAAGGUUAGGAAACUUGGACAAGAACUCUUUGCAAUAGAGAGACUUCUGGAGGAGUUUGAACAAUGUGUUGGUCGACAGAAAGAGCAACUCAAACAUCUGAAGGAGCUUGAGGAGUUAUUCCAGAAGGAUUUGGAGGAUGUCCAGCACAUUAAGGAUAACAUACCUACACACAUGCCCAGGAAGAAAGUCCCAGCAAAUGGAAGUGAACCUGUAAUCAACCAGAACGAAGCAGCAGACGUUCAGCCAGCCCAGCUGGAAAAUGUCAAAAAGACCAACAAGAGUUUCAUUAGAGAGAUGGAGUUUAUCACUAUGCCAGAGUUUGAGAGCAUCCCUCAGUACAUGAAAGGACGUGUAUCAUAUGAUCAGCUUAAUGCCGCGGUGCAGAGCAUUAACACGGCUGUAUCUGCAAAGUACAAGAUCCUCCAUCAGUCGCUGAAAACGCUCAACAAUCAUUCACGCAAGCUGCACCAGCGCUUUAAGGACCAGGAGACCAAAGAUACAAAAGGUCAGUAUUUCGUGGUGGAGGAAGACAUUCGUGAGUUUACUCAGAUGAAGGUGGACAAGCGAUUUCAGGGGAUUUUGAACAUGAUGCGACACUGCCAGCGCCUGCGUGAGCUCCGAGGAGGGGGCCUCACCCGCUAUAUGUUGUUAUGAAUGAACGAAGAGUCGGAUGGAUUACAUUUUCACUGUCUUUUCACAUUAUUGUUCUUCAUAAUGGUGACAUAACUGUAGUCACACUGGCAUGAGGCUUUGUACAGUCUGCACCGUGCACUCUCUCAAACACUACAACUGAGAGGUUUUAGAUUUGUCAGGUUAGUUGUAUUGACCAGUAGCUUGAUUAGGUUAGUGGACUCAUCACGUGAAUAUAUUACAGCACAUCUUUCAAAGCAAGAAGUGUCUCUCACACACUGUACACAUUUAACAGAAAUGCCUUCAUUUGCUACCUGGAUGUGCACAUUAUGUUAUACUGGAAUGUGUAUGUAUGUUGAAAUAUACAUUAGUUAUAUAUUGCAUUAUUAGAUAUGCCAACAAAAUUCUGUAUUUUUACUUUUAAACAAAAUAAAAAUCUUAUGAUAAAUAAAUUACUAUGUAUGAAUAAGAAAACGUUAAAUGUAUUUACAGUAAUCUCACUGUCUAAAUGACCAUAACCUUUCAUCAGGCCAUCACGUUGAUUAGUUUCAUUAAGUUAUUCUUAUGUUAUUAGACAGCUCUUGUUGACAGAUUGUUUUAAGGUUGUAUUUUGUGUAUUAAAUCUUUGCAUAGUGUUCA